AAAAACGAAACCUGAGGCUUCAAUAUUCUCGUGGCUUCGCGUGUUUGAGUUUCUCUGGCUUGAACGAAAUAUGAUUGGCUAUUACAGUGCGUGUACUACACGCUCCGAUUUUAGUUUGAAUUGGCGGUCAAGUCCUUAUAUAUUAUUAUAACUAAAAGCAGAACCGCCCAAUAGCAGCCAGACUGUCAGAGCUCGCAAGACAAUUUUAGAGAGAGAAACAAGAGAGAGAAGGUCUGAAAAAGGUUUGAGUGGGGGAGAUGAAAAGCGGGGAUAAAGCCAAAAGUGCAGUUUUUGUACCUCUCACUGUUUUUAUUCAUUUUCUGAUUAUACAUACAUAAUCACAUAUUAAUUUUUAUUCAUACGUACUAUCACUAUUACUGUAUUCAUAUUAUUUUAUCAAUAUAAGAAAAAUAAAAGGUCUCCCUGAAAAAAAUAUUACAAAUUUGUGAUCUUUGUCCGAGAUCCAUUCCUUUUAUCAGAGUACUGAGAUAAGAAGAAUUGAAAAACAUCGAGAGCCUUGUUUGUUUUGGGGAUUUUUUUUUUUUUUUUUUUGUGGUUGUAAUUUCGGAGAUUUGAUAUUGGAAGGGUUUCAAUAAAUUUGGAUAGUAUGGAGAAUUUUUGAAGGGUAGUUUAGGAUUUUUUUUGCAAUUAUGGAGAAGAGUACAGCACAAUCAUCUCCGCCGCCAGCUGAAGAGCUGCUGAAGAAGAUUCAAGAGCUAGAAUUAGGCCAUGCCCACUUGAAGCAGGAGAUGUCUAUGUUUAUGACUUCAUCCAGAUCAGCUGAAAAUAUGGCGGCGGCUGAUUAUCGUUACAGGCAGAGGUCCCACUCCAUAUCCCCUCAGCGGGCCCCACGGCCGAGGGCAGCCAGGGGAGAUGGUAGCUUGGUGGCAUCUUGGAAGAAGGGUUCUGCCUCAUUUCGCCAUUCCUCACCUCUGCAGAGGGAGAAUCGUAAUACAGAUUGUGGUGGUAGUGGUGGUGGCGGCGGCGGCGGCUAUGGUAGUGGAGGAGGUGGAGGACCAGCUGCUGUGAAGCUCACGGAUGACCAGUAUUUGAAUAUUUUGCAGUCAAUGGGGCAAUCAGUGCAUAUACUUGAUCUGAAUUCUCGGAUAAUUUACUGGAAUAGGAGUGCUGAAAAUCUGUACGGAUACUUGGCAUCAGAGGCUAUAGGGCGGGAUGGAAUUGAGCUACUAGCUGAUCCUCAAGACUUUGAUGUGGCUAACAACAUUGUGCACCGUGUGGCGACCGGUGAGAAUUGGACAGGGCAGUUCCCUGUAAGAAAUCGUAGAGGUGAUAGAUUUUUAAUUGUGGCAACUGAUACCCCUUUCUACGAUGAUGCUGGUACGUUAAUUGGAAUCGUCAUUGUAUCAACUGAUUCUAGACCGUUCGAACAAGCAAAAGCAGCAAUGGUGGAACUGAAAAACUUGGAAGCGGGCCCAAGUUUUACCCGGCCAAGAAUUGGACUUGAUCACAGUCAUCAUAAACAGCUUCCACAACCAACAAUCACAUCCACUAUAUCAAACUUGGCUUCUCUAGUGAGCAACAAGGUCAAAUCGAAAAUGGGUCUUGCAGAGAACAACUUAGAUUCCUCGGAUCAUGGUUUAUCAGAUAUGACAUUGUCUGAAAAUCGAGAUGAUGGUGCUUCGAGUGGAGCUAGUACGCCUAGAGGGGAAAUAAAUUCUUCUCCAUUUGGAGUGUUCUCUGGUGUUAAUCACGAAGAAAAUUCCCCAACCAAACCAUCUCGAGAUUCUUGCGAUGGGGGCGAAGCGAAACCUGGAAAUUUUGCGGUACUUAGCUCCAAAGCAGAGACUUGGAUUUCUAAGAAAGGCUUAACGUGGCCCUGGAAAGGAAACGAACAGGAUGGAACAGAACCGAAGUCUUCUCGAUUUGGCUGGCCGUGGCUACAGAAUAACGAGGAAAAUGAGUCGGGGGAACAAAAGGGGUUUCCUGCGAGAUUAAAGUUGGAAAAUCAGGUUAGUGAAAACAAUUGUACAGGAAAUAAUGAGGCUUUAGGUUCUUGGUCGUCGUCGGUCAAUGUAAACAACACAAGCAGUGCUAGCAGUUCUAGUAGUCAAGGGAGUACCAGUAGUGGCACUGCUAAUAAAUUUGAUAUGGAUAGCGACUGCUUGGAUUAUGAAAUCUUAUGGGAGGACUUGACUAUUGGAGAGCAAAUCGGGAGAGGUUCUGCUGGAACUGUAUAUCAUGCUCUGUGGUAUGGAUCAGAUGUCGCUGUCAAAGUAUUCUCAAAACAGGAAUAUCCGGAUGAUGUCAUACUUUCUUUCCGGGAGGAGGUUUCACUUAUGAAAAGACUCAGACAUCCAAAUAUACUCCUAUUCAUGGGUGCAGUUUCGUCACCUCAAUGUCUUUGCAUUGUUACAGAGUUUCUUCCACGUGGAAGUUUGUUCCAGUUAUUACAAAGGAAUACAUCGAAACUAGAAAAGAGACGUCUUAUUCACAUGGCUUUGGAUAUCGCUCGAGGUAUGAAUUACCUUCAUCAUUGGAAUCCGCCUAUUGUUCACCGUGAUUUGAAGUCUUCAAAUCUACUCGUUGACAAGAACUGGACUGUCAAGGUUGGUGACUUUGGCCUGUCACGCCUCAAACACGACACUUAUCUGGAAACUAAAACGGGCAAAGGAACGCCUCAGUGGAUGGCUCCUGAAGUUCUUCGUAACGAGCCUUCAAAUGAGAAGGCUGAUGUAUAUAGCUAUGGAGUGGUACUAUGGGAACUUGUUACGCAUAAGAUUCCAUGGGAUAACCUCAACUCAAUGCAGGUAAUUGGGGCUGUGGGGUUUAUGAACCAACGUCUAGAUAUACCAAAGGAUGUUGAACCACAGUGGGCUUCUAUGAUUGAAAGCUGCUGGCGAAGUGAACCGCAAAGUCGUCCAUCAUUCCAAGAAUUAAUGGAGAAGCUGAAAGAUAUGCAGAGACAAUGUGCAAUACAAAUUCAAGCAGGGCGUGCUGCGGCUGUAGAUGCUGCUGCCCAAAAGUAACUAUUUGUAGAGGAUGAAGAUCGAAACUCUAUAUAUAAAACAAAAAUUAAUUAUUUAUGGCGUUGUAGAACUUAUUAAUAGGUGUCUGCAAAUUGCUUAGUGAGAGUGUUACAGAGGAUUCACAAAUUUUCAUGUCAUUAUUUAUUCUUUUUUUUUUUUUUGGGAAUGGAAGAUUGCCAUUUUAGGUUAUAUUCAUGGAUGCGUAGCGGUGUCGAACAAUUCAAAGUGUAGGUUGUGUAUAUAGUUCAGUGUAAGGUAGUGAAAUUGGUUUGCUGCUUCUUUCUUUCUCCAUGUAAUGAAACCAAACACCAUUUCUACAUACAGUAGUUCAAUUCCCCUA